AUGAAAGAUUGCAUGACUAUUGAUUGUAAUGAUUCAGGGGUUCCAUUCGUUGUAGCUCGUAUGAAUUGUCGCUUGGAUGAGCUACUAAAAAGACCUCCUAUGGAUUCAAUGUGUGAUUUUGUUCCCUUCAGGACUAACUGCUUCCAAGAUAAUACCGAGGGUCUUGUUGGUAUUCAAGUAACAAUAUUUGAUUGCGGGGGUAUAGUGAUUGGUGUAUGUAUGCACCAUCGAAUCUCAGAUGCUAUGUCUAUGAGAAUCUUCAUCAAAUGUUGGGCAGACGAAACUGCAAUAGAUUUUCAAAUGCCUAAAGCUGACGUAGUGAACCCUGACUUCACCACCGCCCGGGAGCUUUUCCCACCCGUUGAAUUCAUACCAAAGGAAAUACAAAAGAUACUCAACUACAAUCAUUUUGAAGAAUCCAAAUUUGUUCAAAGAAGGUACGUGUUUGAUAAAAAUGCCAUUGCUUCUUUACAAUCCAAAACAUCUAAUGAUGCAACACCUAAUAAGCCCACUCGCAAUAUAGCACUGACAAGCUUUAUUUGGAAACACAUGAUGGAAGCUUCUAGAAUCAUCAGAGGCUCUUCAUUCAAUUCCUUGGAAACCUUUAUGGUAAACUUAAGGCCAAGAUUCCAACCUCCCUUAUCGAGCAAUACUUUUGGUAACUUAUGGUGGAUUGGUUUUAGAUCAUGUGACGUCUCUUUGGAUGGAGAGAUAAUGAAGCCUGAGUUGUGCAACAUAAUGGAUCACACCCAUUUAGAUAAUGAUUAUGUAAAGGAACUACAAAAACCUGGUGUGAUAUUUCAAUUCAUACAAGGGAUUCAAAAUGACGCAAAUGAAAGCGUGAAAACAAUUGUAUUUUCAAAUUGGUGUAACUUAGGCCAUUACAACAUUGAUUUUGGAUGGGGAAGGCCUAUAUGGAUUGCAUAUGCUCAUAAAAAUAACGUACUAAACAAUAGGGGUACCUUUUUAAUGGACUCCCCAUUAGGGAUAGAGAUUUGGGUUAUUGCGAAAGAAGAUGAGAUUUCUAUCCUUGAAAGCAACCAAGAGUUCCUUGAAUACGCAAGCAUAAACCCUAGCGUCAUACAGGGAUGA